AUGGAGCAUGUGCUCAAGAAUCUGAGCAUGGGCAAUAAUCAAUCUAAGGAGCAAUCCCUCAGUUCACAGAUUAAUCAAACCAAGAAUGUUUCUUGUGUAUUUUGUGGCGAGGCUCAUACUUAUGAUAGUUGUCCUUCAAAUCCGGAAUCUGUCUUUUACAUGGGAAAUCAAAACAAGGGUGGCCCUUACUCGAAUACUUACAAUCAGUCAUGGAGGCAACAUCCUAAUUUUUCUUGGAGCAAUCAAGGGGCAAAUUCUGGAACUUCAAAUGGCAACGUAAAGUCCAAUUUUCCACCUGGAUUUUCUCAACAAGCACCUCAGUCUAAUUCACUUGAAAAUAUGUUGAAGGAGUACAUCAUCAAGAAUGAAGCUAGUAGAUCUCAAACUAAAGCUCUGGUCCAAAGUCAAGCGGCAUCCUUACGAAACUUAGAGAAUCAGGCUGGGCAACUAGCUAAUGAGUUGAGGAAUGGACCACAUGGUACUCUCCCUAGCGACACCGAAAAGCCUAAGGGUGUUGGGAAUGAACAUUGUAAGGCCAUGACAUUGAAGAACGGAAAAGUAUUGGGGAACGCUACUACUGACUCUAAACAGGAUGAUUCUGUUGAACUGAGUGGCAAUGAGGAAAAUUCUGAAGGUAAGGAAAUCGAGAAUGACAAGGUAUCUCCACCAAAGGCUUCUUCUGAAAAAUCACACAUUCACCCACAACCUCCAUAUCCUCAGCGGUUCCAAAAGCAAAAACAUGAUGUUCAGUUCAAGAAAUUUCUUGAUGUCUUGAAGCAACUUCACAUCAAUAUUCCUCUUGUAGAAGCUCUUGAGCAGAUGCCCAACUAUGUGAAAUUCAUGAAGGACAUUCUUACAAAGAAGAGAAGGCUGGGGGAGUUUGAAAUUGUAGCUCUAACGAAGGAGUGUAGCUCAUUCUUGCAACAUAAAUUGCCUACAAAGAUGAAAGAUCCAGGGAGUUUCACUAUUCCUUGCACUAUUAGUGACUCUUAUUGUGGGAUGGCAUUAUGUGAUUUGGGAGCUAGCAUAAACUUGAUGCCUAUGUCGGUGUUCAGAAAAUUGGGGAUUGGAGAAGUUCGGCCUACUACUGUCACUCUUCAACUAGCUGAUAGAUCUCUUGCUCAUCCAGAGGGAAAGAUUGAAGAUGUUCUGGUCAAAGUAGACAAGUUCAUAUUUCCUGCUGAUUUCAUCGUGUUGGACUAUGAAGCUGAUCGAGAGGUUCCCAUUAUCUUGGGAAGACCAUUUCUUGCUACCGGAAGAACUCUCAUAGAUGUGCAAAACUGA